AUGCCGGUUGCCAAUGGCGCAUCCAGAACGCGUCAGAAAUCCCAGAAAGUCAUAGCCGCUUACGCUAUAUAUACAAAGCGCUGUACAACUGUUCCUGACUUCGUUUUGGGCGUUAAUAGACAUUUGGACACUGGAUUACUCGUCAUCUCAGUCUUGGUUGAUGCCUUGGUUGCCAAUGGCGCAUCCAGAACGCGUCAGAAAUCCCAGAAAGUCAUAGCCGCUUACGCUAUAUAUACAAAGCGCUGUACAACUGUUCCUGACUUCGUUUUGGGCGUUAAUAGACAUUUGAUCUCCAAUAUAGACACGGCUGUCUUGUUGCCUCGUUUGAAUGAGGGUGAUAAACCACCCUGCACCUUCGAUGAACCCAAGAAUAUAACUGAUCCAUACCGGUCCCAGUUCAUCUAA